GAUCCAGUAUUGUAAUCAAUCCAAGGUGGAUACACGCCAGUUUAGAUAGCUCUUAUUCACUUGCUCCAUCUCUUUCCAUCAUUAUUCGCCACGUUUUUGUUUCUUUACUAAAAAUCUCACUUCCUUUCAUCUUUAGCCACAUCUAAUCUUCAAAUUUCGUAUCAAAUUUCAUGCUAAUUUCCCUAAAUUAAUUUAAAAAUAAACACCCAAUUUCCCAUUUGAUCCACUCUCAAUUUGAUCCACCCUCAAUUUGAUGUUUGUUUGGUUUCUGGGAUGAAAACAUUGAAAAGGGUAUGUCAAAUUGUUGAUUGAGGGAUACAAAAAUCCUAAGGUUGUUGGAGAUGAUUGAGAAAAAUCAGCACAAGUUCUUAACUGUUGCUCCCUUUGAGUGUGCUUGGCAAGAGGAGUUUAAGUUUAAAGAGGCGGGGCGGGGUUGUGUAGUUUUUGAAGCAUUUGCUCGCAAUGAUGUGACGGUGGUGUUCCGGGAGAAUGUAGGGAGUCGACACUACCAUUACAAAACUGAUAGCAGUCCUCACUACACUGUUGUCUUGGGAAGCCAUAGGAAUAGAAGAUUAAAGAUUGAGGUGGAUGGUAAAGCUGUGGUUGAUGUAGAAGGUGUUGGCCUUUGCUCUUCAGCUGCAUUCCAGAGCUAUUGGAUAAGUAUCUAUGAUGGGCUGAUUUGUAUUGGAAAUGGGAGAUACCCAUUUCAAAAUGUUGUUUUUCAAUGGCUUGAUUCGAACCCAAAUUGCAAUGUUCAAUAUGUUGGGUUGAGCAGUUGGGAUAAACAUGUUGGGUAUAGGAACGUAAAUGUAUUGCCUUUGACACAGAAUCAUGUAUCCUUGUGGAAGCAGCUAGAUUCUAGUGUAUAUAAUGAAAAAGAGGAAAAUGAAGAGGGUUAUGAAGAGUCCACGAGUAAUGAUGAUAAGUGGGGAUUGGCGGAUUUUCUCGAGAGCUGGGAGCUUUCCGAUGUGCUUUUCAUUGUGGGAGGAGAGGAAAAGGCAGUUCCAGCUCACAAGGUCAUUUUGGCAGCAGCUGGUAAUUUUCACUUUGCUCCAGAUGACCUCAUCCAGCUUAAAGAAGUUACCUAUCCAGUCCUGCAUGCGUUUCUUCAGUAUAUCUAUACUGGCCAGACCCGGAUUUCAGAGGCACAACUUGUGCCUUUGAGGGAGAUCAGCUUACAAUUUGAGGUCAUGCCCUUACUGAAGCAAUGUGAGGAAAUUAUGGGACGUUUUAAAUCGAACAAGAAAAUGUUUGAUUCUGGAAAAAAUGUUGAGAUUUGUUACCCAAACUGUCAAUCGCUUCGUCCCACGGUGUUCCCCUACGGUCUGCCUAUCAGUGUGAGUAAACUCGAGCAAUUCUAUUCAGCGGGUAACUACAGUGACUUAGAGGUUUAUGUUGAGGAUUAUGGCUUUGUUGCUGGCGCUCAUAAGAUUAUAAUCAGUUUAUGGAGUCUUCCGUUUCUGAAGAUGUUCACAAACGGAAUGAGAGAGAGUGCUUCCACGAAAGUUCGUUUGAGGGAGGUAUCUCCUGAAGCAUUGAAAGCAAUGCUAAAUUACAUGUAUAGUGGGGAGCUUGAUAUGGAAGAUAUCAAGGACAAUGACACCUUAUUACUCCAUAUCCUUCUAUUGGCUGACCAAUUUGGAAUCACACACCUCCAACAAGAAUGCUGCAAAAUAUUGCUAGAAUGCCUCUAUGAGGAUUCCGUAUGUCAAAUACUCCAAGUCAUUUCCUCAAUUCCAUCUUGUAAAGUAAUUGAAGAGUUCUGCAAGAGAAAAUUCUCAAUGCAGUUUGAUUAUUGUACGGCCGCAAGCAUGGAUUUUACGUUGCUAGAUGAAGCCACAAUCAGGAGCAUCCUUCAGCAUCCAGAUUUGACAGUAACGUCAGAGGAGAAGGUUCUGAAUGCAAUUUUGUUAUGGGGUGUGCAAGCAAAAGAAUUUUAUGGAUUAGACGCUGUGGAGGCGUUAUUGAUUCAUUCAACUCCAGAAAUUAUAUUUGGUCAAAGGCUUAAUUCCUUGAAUCACUUACUGCCACUUGUCCGGUUUCCUCUGAUGCCAUUCGACCUGCUAAAGAAGUUAGAGAAGUCUAGCCUUAUGACGUCAAUUCCUGCGUUUGCAAAUCUUGUGAAGGAAGCUAUAGAUUAUGCAAAGUUUGGUGUAACCUGGACAGAGAUUGAACCUAACCCGCGAUUUCACCACCGACGCUCUAGUUACAAAGAAUUGCAAUAUAUAUGUGAUGGCGAUAGCAAUGGGGUUCUGUAUUAUGCAGGAACUUCCUACGGGGAACAUCGUUGGGUAAAUCCGAUGCUUUCCAAGAGAAUUGUCAUUACUGCUAGCAGUCCUAUGUCAAGGCUUACGGACCCUAAGGUUUUGGCAUCAAGAGCUUACCAGGGAACCUCUUUUUCUGGACCUCGGUUUGAAGAUGGGAAAAUUUUCUCUUGGUGGAUGGUUGAUGUCGGUGAGGAUCAUCAGCUCAUGUGCAACUACUACACAUUAAGACAGGAUGGUUCGCGGACAUUUAUCAGACACUGGAAUCUUCAGGGGUCGUUAGAUGGAAAGCAGUGGACGAAUUUACGGGAGCACAAAAAUGAGCAGAAAGUAUGCAAGCCUGGGCAGUUUGCAUCUUGGGCGGUGACAGGUCCACAGGCUUUGCUUCCCUUUAGAUUCUUCAGGGUAUUAUUGACUGGGCCAACCACUGAUCUCACAGAACCUUGGAAAUUUUGUAUUUGCUUCCUUGAACUUUAUGGAUACUUCCGCUAGGAUUAAGAUUUAAGAAUGAGGAGGAAACUACAGCACAUCGCAAGAUUCUCAACAAAUUAUACCAUGCUUUAUUCGCGUUUUCUUGUAUAAUCAGAUUAAUAGUCCCACGUUGAAAAUUUUGCUUCCAUGUCGCCAUGUUGGCGUGUAACAUAUAUAUACACAAUUAUACCAAAUUUUUUUGCCCUUAGUAAGGGGUGAGAAUGAGGGAGAAAGCAUGGGAAGAGAAGAGAGUUAAAUACAUGAAAUCAUGAAAGAAGAUAACAUAUCAGAAAUAUUACCGUUAUUGUAGCUCCCGCAUAAUAUUUUCAUUUUAUUUUUAAAUUUUUCAGGUGGUGAAAAACAACUUUUCAGAAAUAUUACCUUUGAUGUUCAUUUAUAGAAUAGAGAUUUAUAUGCCCUUGUAGCUCUUUCAAAAAACAAUAAUGGUACUCCCUCCGUGUCUUUUUGUUCUUUA